CAAAAAACAAAUCAUUUCUCCAAUCCGUGUUUUAUUCGCGUAAUCUUCAUUGUUAUCAGAGAUCUGGUUAUUAUUUGAUUGAUAGAUCUGAGUUAUUUGUUUAUUUAUAUUCUAUAGUCUAUUUCGUUUCGAAUCUUUAGGUUCUUUUUCUUCACCUCCUUUUUUAGUCAGUCCCAGAGUUUGAUAGUACAUAAGUACAUAGCUUAUUAUAGCUAAUUAAUCUUUUCAUAAAUCUAAGCCACUUCUUUCAGUUUUGGUCUCGUCUCAGGCAAAAUUGCUCCAAAGAGUUCUAGCUUUCUCUGAAAAUUUUGGGGAAUUUUUGUUGCUGUUUCUGGAUAUAAAGCAAAAUGGCUGAAAUAGGAGAAGGAGAGGAAACGAUUAAAGGGAGAAACAUAGAAGCUAUGUGGGAUUUAGAGCAGAAACUUGAUCAGCCCAUGGAUGAAGAAGCAAAUAGACUCAAGAACAUGUACAAAGAGAAGAGUUUGUCAACGUUGAUGCUUCUGAGGCUGGCCUUCCAAAGUUUAGGGAUAGUUUAUGGCGACUUAGGGACUUCUCCCUUGUACGUGUUUUAUAAUACGUUCCCUAACGGAAUAAAUGAAACUGAGGAUGUGAUCGGAGCACUUUCUUUGAUCAUUUACUCUCUCUUGCUCAUUCCUCUCAUCAAGUAUGUCUUCAUUGUCUGCAAAGCUAAUGACAAUGGUCAAGGUGGGACUCUAGCUAUUUACUCGUUGCUGUGCAGAAAUGGUAAACUGAAACUAAUCCCGGACCAGCAAAGAAGUGAUGAGGACCUCACCACAUAUAGUCGUACUUUCUUGCCUGAAGGCUCUUUGGCUGCAAGAACGAUGAAUUGGUUGGAGAAGAAAGAUUCUAGGAAGAGAGCGCUUCUGAUCAUUGUUCUUGUGGGGACUUGUAUGACGAUUGGUGAUGGCAUCUUUACUCCGGCCAUCUCUGUUCUUUCAGCUACUGGUGGGAUCAGAGUUAACAAUCCAAAGAUGAGCAGCGACACAGUUGUGCUCGUGGCUGUUCUCAUUUUGGUGGGUCUGUUCAGUAUGCAGAAGUAUGGUACAGACAAAGUUGCAUGGCUCUUUGCACCUAUUGUGUUUAUUUGGCUUCUCUUUAUUGGAGGCACCGGAUUAUACAACAUCUGCAUAUAUGAUUCAAGAGUUUUAAAAGCCUUCUCUCCCACAUAUGUAUUCAUGUACUUCAAAAGAAGAGGGAGAGAUGGUUGGAUUUCCCUUGGGGGAAUUCUUCUCAGCAUAACAGGGACUGAGGCACUAUAUGACGACAUUGCUUAUUUCCCAUUAUUAGCUAUACAACUCGCCUUUACGUUUUUCGUGUUCCCUUGUCUUCUUCUAGCAUAUUGUGGUCAAGCUGCGUACCUUGUUGAAAACAAGGAUAACGUUGCAAAUGCGUUUUAUGAAUCUAUCCCAGAUAGUAUAUAUUGGCCAAUGUUUAUAGUCGCUACACUAGCCGCGGUUGUUGGAAGCCAAGCUACAAUAUCAGGAACAUAUUCGAUAAUCAAGCAAGCUGUGGCUCAUGGAUGUUUUCCUCAAGUCAAAGUGGUUCAUACUUCGAAGAAGUUCCUUGGUCAGAUCUAUAGCCCUGAUAUCAAUUGGAUACUCAUGCUCGGUUGCAUAGCCGUCACUGCUAAGUUCCAGAAUCAGAACCAAAUAGGGAAUGCAUACGGGACUGCGGUCGCGGUUGUGAUGCUUGUGACCACAUUACUCAUGGUGCUGCUUAUGCUACUCGUGUGGAGGUGCCACUGGGCUCUCGUCCUCAUAUUCACCGUGUUAUCCCUCGUGGUGGAAGGAGCCUACUUCUCAGCCGUGCUUUUAAAGAUCAAUCAAGGAGGAUGGGUUCCACUAGUUGUAGCAGCGGUCUUACUUCUUGUAAUGUUGGUUUGGCAUUAUGUAAAAGUCAAAAGAUACGAGUUCCAGGUGCAUAGCAAAGUGUCAAUGAGCUGGAUCCUCGGCCUCGGUCCUAGCCUUGGCCUUGUCCGGGUCCCAGGGAUUGGGAUAGUUUACUCAGAACUAGCAAGUGGCGUUCCUCACAUCUUCUCUCAUUUCAUCACUAACCUCCCUGCCAUUCAUUCAGUCGUUGUCUUUGUUUGCGUCAAGUACCUCCCUGUCUAUACUGUCCCCGAAGAAGAGAGGUUCCUCGUGAAGAGAAUUGGAUCCAAGACAUUCCGAAUGUUCCGGUGCAUCGCCAGGUACGGUUACAAAGAUCUACACAAGAAAGACGACGAUUUCGAGAACAAGCUAUUCACCAACUUGUUUUCUUUCAUUCGAAUCGAAAGAAUGAUGGAGCCAGUUGCGAGCUCAAGAAACAGCAGCAAUGCUUCUAUCUGCAGCCAGGCGGAACAGUCCAGAGAAAUAUUGAUCCACAACAAAGAGAUAGAGAUGUUGUCUUCAAUCGUGGACUACACGGUAUCAACAUUGGAUACGGUCGUCCCCCUUGGUUCGCCGAGCAACAUGGCGAGUCUUGGCGAGGAAAUCAUGGUGGAUGAGGAGGAGAUAGAUGAGCUAGAGUUUCUAAAGAAUUGUAGAAAGUCAGGGGUUGUUCAUAUUCUAGGAAACAUUGUAGUGAAAGCAAGAAAAGGUUCAUCGCUUCCCAAGAAGAUAGCCAUUAAUUAUGUUUAUGCGUUUCUUAAGAAGAUUUGUAGGGGGAACAAUGCCAUCUUCAAUGUUCCUCAUGAGUCCCUUUUGAACGUUGGACAAGUCUUUUAUGUGUAAAGUUAUAUCACUCGGUGCAGUCUGAAAACCCUUAAUCUGAAUGGGUUGUUUGUAGA